AUGGCGGGCAUCUUUCGAACCAUCUAUGACUGGCUUCUCCGGAUGUUUUGGGCCACGGAGAUGGACGUUACCAUGAUUGGGCUCCAGAAUGCGGGCAAGUCGUCUUUGCUUCCUGGGAUUUGGGAGGCCAGCCGCGCUUUCGGCCCAUGUGGGAACGGUACUGUCGAGGGGUCAACGCCAUCGUGUAUGUCCGAUCUGCGACUCACUCGGUUAGCAGUCAUGCUCAUUGGUGCUUACCACAGGUAUAUUGUUGAUGCUGCCGACCGGGCUGCUCUGCCUGUGGCGACCGAAGAGCUUCAUGAACUGAUGAGCAAGCCCAGCCUAGAGGGGAUCCCACUGCUGGUGCUGGGGAAUAAAUCCGACCUGCCCGACAAACUGUCGGUGGACGAGCUGAUCGAUGCCAUGGACCUCAAGUCGAUAAACCGGCGCGAAGUCAGCUGCUAUGGCAUCAGCGCCAAAGAGGAAACCAACCUGGACGCCGUGCUGCAUUGGUUGAUUGCGCGUGCCAACAGGUGA